AUGACUGCAAGAAAUUCUAUGGGGGAAGAGAUUGAUGCUAUGUUUACAACUGAUCACAAAGACAACAGUAACGGUAUUAUAGAUUCUGUUCAAGAGGAAGGAAGAGUACAGUUCCUUGGCGACACAACCAAAAUAUCCUCUCUAUCAAGGCUGUCUGCCGGUACUUAAAGAACGUUUGAUCCUUUGACAACAGCGUUUAACAACAAAUGUGAUUACUACUCAUGGUGGCAGCAAUGGGGAAAUUUAAAAGAAACAUUGUAUUUUUAAUUCAUAUAUUGCAUGGCUGAGGCUUGUUUGAAUUUAAGUGGUAUAAUGCCCACAAAUUGCUCUGCUUUAGAGUUCCCCUGCCGCCUGCAAUUUUUUUUUUCAGAGCAAAAUUAUUCCGAAAAAAAUUAUGUUUUAAGGGAAAGUGCAAAAUCUCCCUAAUAGAGUGGCAAUAGAAUCGAAGUCAAUGCCGUUAGUUUGGAAAGAUAUUUGAUUUGAACAACGAUCGUUGCUACAAGAGUAACAAGCAAAUAAAAUGGAAACGGACUUAAAAGUCGUUUCUUUUUGGUUGUCGAUAACCAAUUCCGUGCAGACUGGAAAAUAGGAAACUAUUUCCUCACCAUUUACUAGCUUCUGUCAGCUUUUCGUGGUAAAUAUUUCAGAUUUUUAAGCUUAAAACGCUCCAAAAUACGACCGCACACCACAUCAAACCACAUGUUAGUCUCUGCCGUUGUGUAAUCUGCUUCAGGAAAAAUAAUUUAUGCUGCCUUCACGAUUUCGGCAGGCAAUGAUCUGAUUGGUGGAAGUCGAUAACAACAAAUCCACGCUUCCAGUCGUCUUUUCGGGAACGAGCGCGAGCUCAUUUCCCAAAAAGGCCUAAAAAUAGAGGCUAUUUUAACAAGGGAGAUUCCUGUAAAAACACCAACAACAAUCGUCAAUAAUUUAACGUUUCUGUUUGUCUUGCUUGUUUAUUCCUUUUUUGGACGACGUAGAAGACUCUCGAAUUGUCCUGGCAUUUUCCUCUCGGUUCUAUUAUUGGAAAUACUUUGUUUAACCCGACUACGACAAAGAGGUAACUUAGUUUUAUUUCGCCCAAAAAGCAUAACAAAAACCCUUUGACAUUUCUUUUUAAAUUUUAUAGUCAACAGACUUACUAACUUCAUAACUCAAGGCCCUUUUUGUAUAGCAAAACAGCGCAAACACCCAAAACAGGACGCUCCGAAACACAAAGGUAUUGGCUCUAACAACUGAAGAUGUGCGUCUCAAAAUAUAAAAAAAUACCCUUGGUGCUAUACGACAAAGAAUACGAUGCUGUGUUCAUUCAAGAGCAAACUAAGGUCCCGGGUGUUCGAAAUCUGUUUUCCUGUGUGAGACUUUACUAAACUAUUACAUUUUUGAGCAGCAAGUAAAAAUCUCUAUCCAUGGUAUUUUAGUCUGCGAAAAUAGCCGUCUCUCCUCGCUACUCGCCGCUAGGGAGUCGUUUCGCCAGGAGGGAAGUCUGCAGGGACUGAAAUUCCAUACUGAUGACGAAAAAUCUGUCCGGAAUCAGGUCAGGAGCUCUGAUUGCCCGACGGAGUAAUUAUAUUGUUUUAGCUAUUGUUUACGAAUGACCGACAAAGACAAAGGGCGUCGAAGGUCAAAUGAAAACGCGAUGAAUCUACUACAAAACAGUUAAUAUUCGUGGAAUAUAUUCUUCCUUCAGAAGAAGCAUCUGAGUUUUCCUGGAGCUCGUUCGCAGAAGAACCCAAAACUUUACCAUAAUCGACCAGGAGAAGCAUAAAAUCGAACAACUAUUCAUUUGGAACCCCGUAACUACCAGUUUAAUUAUGUAAACAUCGAUUUCAUCAUCAGUGUGGAAUUUCUGUUGUUGAGGGGAAGACGUCCCUCCUGGCGAAACUUCCCUAGGGGCGAGGAGCGAGGAGCGAGGAGAGACAGCUGUUUUCUAAGGCUAAUGGUAUUUAUCCUCUCCGUGUGAAGAGUUAAUUUAAGUUGUUUUCAUGGUUAAAACACUGCAAGAGGCUACUGCUGGUAACUUGAUAAACCAUAAAUCUGUCUCUUUCCAGGGCAAGUUUGUGUCGACAAGUCAAAACAGCGGUUUCACACAAGUGUGUUGCCCAGCCCAACACCCGUUGACAUGCCUACCAAAAGAACAGUGGAGCCCAGCAAGCCGAAGGCUCGCAAGAUACGCAGUUAUAACAUCGAGAGAAACAGCACUUGCAUCGGACAAGAAAAUGCUUCGCAUGGAGAGAGGUACAAUUAG